AUGCUGCCUAGCACGAGCACCAGGUGGUGGUUGGUACUGCUGGUAGCGUUGCUACCAAUUUUGUCAUUAAGCAGUAACGGUUACGCGGUGUCUUCUGACGAUGAAUCUAGCAGCAACGGCCCCCGGAUCGUUGGAGGGUUCAAAGCAAGUGAGAGUGCUACUAGACAUCAGGUGUCCAUCCGGCGCAAAACCACCGACCAGGCCUCGUUCGGUAGCGGGCACUUUUGCGGGGGCAGCCUUAUCAACAACCACACCGUACUGACGGCCGCUCACUGUUUGGUGGACGAAAAAAAUCGAAAACGAGCUCCGAGUUACUUCCGCGUGGUUGGAGGCAGCACCAGCCGGUUGGAACUUACGACCCAGGUGGAAAUCCGAGACGUUUCCCGGGUUACGAUUCACGAGCACUACAAUCCCAAUACGUUCGAAAAUGAUAUUGGAGUUUUGAUCCUUACGGAAGUGAUUCCCAGUUCACACCAAACCUUGCAGACGAUUCAGCAAGUAACCACCGUACCGACGGCGGGAGUAAUUUGUCAAACCAGCGGUUGGGGAACUACGCAACACGGAGUAUCGCUGGCGACCCCCUAUUUGAUGGCAGUUAACAUAACGGUUCAACCGAUGGAGCAGUGCAACUCAUCGACCAGCUAUCGGGGAGGCCUCACGAAGGGUAUGUUGUGCGUGGGACAGUUCGAGGGCGGUCGUGACGCCUGCCAGGGAGACUCCGGAGGACCUUUGGUGUGUAACGAACUACUAGCAGGUAUCGUAUCAUUCGGGAAUGAUUGUGCUAAGCCGGGCUUUCCCGGUAUCUAUGCGGAUGUGGCGUACUACCGGGAGUGGAUUCGGAAGAAUGGCGCCGGAAGAAGCGGUAUCGCCGGUGGCAUCCUUGGGGCACUGGCGUUUGGAAUCCUCAUUACCUCAACGGAGUACACAGGAUCGAAGCUGUCCAACGAAGAUUUGGUCGAUAUGCUCUUCGGAGGUUACCCUGGAAUAAUCCACACCAGCUGUCAAGUUACGAAAGUCGUGCACAGCUUAUAG